ACUAUCAUUAUUGAACGUUUAUGUAUGUUGAAGUCUAGCCCACUCAAUCACCGUAAUAUAUGAUGAUUCAGUACUUCGGACCUCGCAGUGUCCUGGCCACACCUCCUCAUACGUCAUGUCUCAGUUGCAAUCCAACCCCCACCCCCCACUCCACCCUCAAUCAGUAAAACGACAUCAAGCAUGUACUUCUUGUCGGCAAGUCAAGCUUCGCUGCGACAAUGCUCAGACAUUUCCCGCUGCCUGUACAAGAUGCAGGAAGAACAAUCUGCAGUGUCGAGUUGACCCGAAUUUUCGGCGCAUCCGCACCAAACAUCGUCUCAGUGAAGUCACGCAGGAGUUGACCGCACUUCAGAAAAAGCUCGCUGAGAAGUCAAAUGACGAUAGUCAACAAGGUACAUCUACGCGAGGUGAAGAUUCAACACAACUAGGCGAGAAUGGACAGACAGCAUUUAAUGAAAAUUUUUAUUUCAUGUCACCUCUACAAGAUCUACCUGAGCCUACUCCUUAUUUAGGCGAUAUCGAGCUGGAAGCAGACCAAGUCGUUCGGCUAUUUGAGCAUUUCCACAAGCAUUACUACCGGCACUGUCCAAUCUUGAAUACCCAAAGUUCUGUAGCAGCACUCUACAAUCGAAGUCCCUUCUUGUUCUGGACCAUCAUCAUAAUAUCAUCACGCCAUCACCCAACGCUAGGGUUCCUAUAUGAUGUAUUGACCGAACCAUAUCGAAGUCUACUCGAAAAGACGAUGAUGGCCCCAUUGAACGCGCUCGAGCCGAUCCAAGGAGGCGUACUACUUUGUGUCUGGCCAUUAAAUGUUCGGAAGCAGAUAUACGACCCCAGUUGGAAUUACUGCGGGUUGGUCACAAAUGCCGCUAUCAGAAUGGGAUUACACCGCUCCGGAGGCUAUCGGAGAGACAACAUCAGUCCGUUAGAGAGCAGAGCUCAAUCGAAGACAUGGAUGGCAUGCUGUUUUCUCAAUUAUAGUCAUCUGUGGCAGACCGGCGUUUGCCUCUUGCCUGAGGUUCCAAAUAUGCUCAAUAACAUCUCAGCCCCACAUGCAAAGAUGGAAAAGGAAUUCCUCAUCAAGAAUUCUAUUCUCAAGCUAUACGCCAAAACGACAACCGUUCUCGGAAAUCUCAAUGAGAACGUCGACUGCGCAUUCCUCCAGUACCUCUGCAGAGAUCUUGACAAUCUGCGAGAAGCAAACAAAGAGAUCUGGAACUCGGAGGCAGAGAUCAUCUUGCUUGGUGCCCAAUUGUGCAUUUAUACGCAACACCUUGAACGAACAUCUCGGCGCGACGGAUCAGCCCAACGAAAGGUGCUGAUUAGUGAGAACGAUAGCUCGACUGAUGUUCUCGCCAACAUCGUCUUUGGCAUCGCCUCGCGGCUCAUCACGACUUUCACAUCCCCAGAAUCGGAGAUACGACCCUACGUCCCUAAACACUACUUCCAAUUACUCCUUUUAGCUUCCACACUGAUUUUGAAGCUGAGUGUGGUGUACCCAGUGGUAAUUGGUCCAGUGGAAGUCUUAGUGCAGAAUCUGAUCGCACAAGCUUAUCAGAACCUCGACUCGUGGUCUGUGAGAGAGGGAGACGACUUUUACCGUGCUGCGCGGCUGAUAGAAGCGCUCGCACAGGCGCAGAAGAAACAUCAGCUGAAAAUGAAAGAAGCACGUAAUGCUUUGGGAUCUGGCAUCACAGUGCUGCGAGACGCAAUUGUCACUCAUAGAGCUUUGCGAGGUGAGGAUGAGGAUGAGGGAAUGCUUCAACGUCAAGCUGUUCACGUUAGGGAUUUUGGACAGAACGGGAGAGAUGGAAUACCAAUUUCUCCGCAUGAGCAUUUGGUAGACAGGCCGAGAUAUCCUGAUGGAACGGAUUAUGUGGAUACCAAUUCGUGGGAACCUAGGGUGCAGGAUGCUUUUACGGACUGGAAUCUGCCCUGGGGUUGGGAUCCAGUCUGGUCUCAGGACUUUGGUAUCAACAUGGAUGCGAGCAUGUUUCUGUAA